AUGACCAGCCCGCUUACACUACCCACCACCCAACCGGGCCUUGUCGUCGACGACCACGACAACGUCAUUAUCCGCCGCGACUGCCCCUUCCCCUCGCUGCCGCCAGACCAAGUCCUCGUCCGCGUGCACGCCGUCGGCGUAAACCCCAGCGACACCAAGAUGCGCGGACCCUUCGCCCUCCCCCAUGCCAUCCUCGGCGCGGACUACGCAGGCGAGGUCGUCGCCCUCGGGACCGACGUGACGGACGUGCAGAUUGGCGAUCGCGUGUGCGGGGCGCAGAACGAGCUCUUCCAGGCGACUCCGGAACGCGGGGCGUUUGCCAGCUACAACGUGACUCGCGGCCGCAUGUGGAUGAGGAUCCCCGACGCGUGGAGCUACGAGGCCGCUGCCAGUCUGCCCGUGGGGCUGUGCACGGCCGGCUUGGCCCUCAAGCUGCUGGGGUUGCCGCUACCGGAUCAGCCGGUCGACAAGGGCGCGCAUGUGCUGGUAUAUGGCGGGAGCACGGCUACGGCUACGAUUGCUCUCCAGCUCUUGAAGUUAUCGGGGUUGAUCCCUAUUGCCGUGUGCUCGCCCAAGAACUUCGCGCUGGCGAGGAGUAACGGUGCCGUGGAGGUUUUUGACAGGCAUGACAAGGAGUGUGCACAGAAGAUUAAAUCCUACACAAAAAAUAACCUGAGAUACGCCCUCGACUGCAUCACCAGCGUCGAGUCGACCAUCCUCUGCUUCGCGGCCAUUGGACGCGCGGGCGGCAAAUACGUCUCGCUGGAUCCGUGGCAGGCGCACGCGGCCACGCGCAAGGUCGUCAAGUGCGACUUCACCGUCGGGCCGCGGGUGUUUGGCGAGGGGUGUUCGUGGCCUGCGCCGUACGGGAGCGAGCCGGAUAGAGAACUCCAAGAAUUCGGGGUCAAGCUGUGGGAUGUGGCGAGGAAGCUGGUUGCGGAGGGGCAGCUGAAGAACCACCCCCUCCGGGUGCUGGAUGGUGGGUUCGAGGCGAUUAUGGCGGGGAUGGAGCUGAUUCGGGAGAAGAAGCUGUCGGGAGAGAAGAUUGUCGUGCGCAUGUAUCCGUAG